AUGGCGGGGGGGGCCGGGCUGCCGGUGCGGCGGCUCCUGCUGCUCCUGCUCCAGCUCCUGGCGCUCCCCGCCGGCCGCGGCAGCCGCGCCGGCCCCGAUUCCCUCUAUGUCUCUGAGUACUUCUCCCAGAGUGCACAGAAGUUGUCCUUCUACAGCUGGUAUGGGAAUGCCAAGCUCUUCCACUUCCGUGUGCCAGAAGACACCGUGCUGCUCCGCUGGCUCCUGCAGGCAUCCCGGGGGAAAGGGCCUGAGUGCACCAACAUGGAGAUCACAGUGCACUUUCGCUAUGGAGCCCCCCCUGUGAUCAACCCCUUGGGCACCCGUUUUCCUGCCAACGCCACCGUCCCCCCCUCCUACAGCCUCAGCAUGGCCCUGCGUGGCACCACACAGAACAACACCUUUGUCAACAUCUCCACCCCUGCUGCUGGAGACUGGUUCAUCGCUGCCCACCUCCCCCAGGCUGCUGGAAGGAUUGAAGUCAAGGGUUUCUCCACUCCCUGCUCCUACAUGUUCCAGGCAGAUAUGUUUGUGCUGCGACUCCCUGAAAUGCCUGUCCUGGAGCCUGGUGUUGCUGUGCCACAAACCAUCCCCUCGCCUGCCAAGCCCCUGCAUGUCAAGGUCUUUGUUCCCAAGCACGCCGCGGGGAUGCGGUUGGAGCUGCGGAGCUGCCUGACAAGGGAGCAGAAAGCCUGUGCUGUGAGGGUGGUGCUGGGCUCCAUCACACUGCCCCAGUCCUUCCAGAGGAUCCUCUCCUGCACCGGGAACACCAGCUGCAGCCUGGCCCUGGAGUCACCCCCCUGGGAGAAGUGGCUGCAGAUCAUGGUGGAGAGUCUUGGUGCUGCCAGUGCCAAUGUGUCAGUGGAGAUGCUGGCUUCCUUCACAGCUUGCAGACCGGGCAGUACCAGUUCCUUCGUUAACUUCAGCAGCCUCAACCAGAGCCAAACUGGUCCCAGACCGGGUAGCCCAGGAGCAGCAGGGAGCCCUGCUCUGCCUUCAGGAGAGGCCUCUCACAAUGUAUCUGCCCAGAGGAGCUUCUGUCUGCAGACCCAGCCCAUGGUCCGGGAAGAUCUGGACGUGGUGUCCGUGCGCUACCGGCUGCUGAACGGUCCCGGUGUGCCCGUGCACACCAUCUCCCCGACCCUCCUCCUCCUCAACCUCAACACUGGCAUGGACAGCGGGGGGUCCCUGGUGGUCAAUCUCCUGCUAAACAAGACAUCUGUGAGCUUGGGCAAUGCCAGCGUGGUGGGGUGUGUGAGCGCAGCUUCGCCGGUGCUGUCCCUCAAUGCCACACGGAACUGCAGCACAGCUUUUUUCCAGGGCUACCCUCUGAGCCUGAGCACAUCCUCUGCAGAAGCGAUGCUGAUUGUCCUCUACCCCCAGACAGAUGACUGGUUCCUCUCCCUGCAGCUCAUCUGCCCCCAGGGCCAGGGUGAAUGUAACAGUGCAGAAGCCAAAGUGACUGUCUUUGCAUACCUCACCCCCUGCUUCAAUGACUGUGGGCCCUAUGGACAGUGCAGCCUCCUGAGAAGACACGGCUACCUCUAUGCUGGCUGCAGCUGCAAGGCUGGUUGGGGAGGCUGGAGCUGCACGGAUGACUCCAAGGCCCAGUCGAUUGGUGUGCAGAACCUGGCCACCCUUCUGCUCACCCUGAGCAACCUCAUGUUCCUGCCAGCCAUAGCAGUUGCUGUCUAUCGCUACUACCUGGUGGAAGCCUCUGUCUACACCUACACCAUGUUCUUCUCCACGUUCUACCACGCGUGUGACCAGCCAGGCGUUGCCGUGAUGUGCAUCAUGGACUAUGACACACUGCAGUACUGUGACUUUUUGGGCUCUGUGGUGUCCAUCUGGGUGACCAUCCUGUGCAUGUCCCGGGUGAAGAAGAUCCUGAAAUACGUCCUUUUCCUCUUGGGGACCCUGUUAAUUGCCAUGUCCCUGCAGCUGGACCGCAGAGGGGUGUGGAACAUGAUGGGUCCCUGCCUCUUUGCCCUCAUCAUCAUGAUUGCAGCAUGGGUUUACCACGGAGUGAAGCGCAGUCACUGCUACCCCUCCUCGUGGAAGCGUUGGGUUUUCUACCUCCUCCCAGGGAUCACCUUGGCUUUCAUUGCCAUCUCAGUGUAUGCGUUCAUGGAAACCAAUGAGAACUAUUACUACACCCACAGCAUCUGGCACGUGCUGGUGGCUUCCAGCGUUGCUUUCCUGCUCCCUCCUCGGGACAAGCACAAGAAGCCCUGGGCCUGGUCUCAGAAGCUCACUUGUCGCUAUCAGAUCUGUCAGAACGACCGUGAGGAGCUCUAUGCUGUGACCUGACACUUCUUGGUGGCAGAGGUGGAGGGCUGGUGAGGCUGCUCGUUGCCUGGGCACACUGGCAAAUCCUCCUGGGUGCUCGUUCACUGGCUGGGAGAGCACAGCGUGAACCGGGUUGAAAGACGAAGGUGGUGGGCUUGUCUUCUGAAGGCACAUCUGAGGCCACCUCUGCUUUUCUGCUGGGAUGGGGCAGGCUCUUCGUGGUUCUGGAGCAAGGAAUAGCCUGUCCCCCACCUCCCCGUGGCCCUGGGGGAGAUUGCCAACCCUUCCUCCCCUCCUGCUGCAUCCAUGAGGCUUGAGCUUAGACCACGCAGAGCUCUUCCCUGCCAUCCUGCAGACAGCAUUUGAACCCAAGAGAAGAGUGGAUUUUCUUCUGAUCUGGGGGGCAAAUGCUGCUGGCUGCCCUUGGUGCUGAUGGGGAGGCAGGGAGCUGAUCUUGGCAGGUGCUGGUCCCUUGACUGCCAUCUCCACAGGGGUGUGGAGCCUCUCUCCCUAUGGAACAGGCAGUGCUGCUCUUCCCUCAUCCUGAUUCUGGGGGAGAAGAAUGAGGCCAGGACUUGGGCCCUGGAUUCAGGAUCGGAUUUGGCAGGAAUGUGGAAAAAAAAAAAAACCCCAACCAUGUGGGGACAUGCAAGAGGCAGCAGCAGCAUCUUGCUCAGGGCUGUAAAGCCCAUGGCAGGGGUUGGUCUGAGUUAAACUUUGGCUCGUGGGGAUGGUGCCAGGCUGCUGCACUGUCCUCUUCCUCAAUGUUCAGGUAUCCAUUGUCUUCCUCCCUUUAGUGGGUUCAGGGUGUGUGUGGCAGUGUUGGUGGUGCAGGAUGGGCUCAGAGCUGUGCAGUCCUGCUUCUCCAACCUCCUCUGCCCCGGGGCUGGAUGUGCUGCCAGUCCUGGCUGAUCUGAGGCCACCAGCAGUGUCCCCACCUCAGCAGGAGCAUCCCAGGAUGGCUGCCCUCUCCUUUCUCACCUUCGUGGGGCAUCAGAAAGCAAGGGCAGAAACUCGGCGGCCAGACAUCGGAGAUGUCUUUGUUUUGUAGGAAAGGGCUCAAACACC